AUGUGGUUUCUUGGUUUCUCCACUGCACAUACAAGAAGCUAUUUGAUUAUUGGGGCAAUAGUACUUGUUAUAAUUCUCACAAUCAUCUUGAGGAAGCUUGCUGUUUAUUUGGCUUCUCAAGAUGAUAAAUCUUCUGAUAAAGAAGAUGAUCAGCGUGUAGAUAUUCAGACGAACAAAAAUGAAGAUUGCAUUAUCAAUUGUUGUCCAUCCGCUGCUAUAAGAACUUAUGCACUGAAAGAGUUGAAGGAGGCAACAAAUGACUUUAGUGUUCGGAUUGGCAUUGGAGGAACAUCAUAUGUUUACCUUGCUGAGCUUGGUGAUGGAAAAUUAGGUGCUGUGAAGCGAGUCAUGGAGGAAAGAGGAGGCAGCCAGAAGAUGUUCUUGGAUGAAGUUUCGGUUUUGCUAAGGAUAAGGCAUCCAAAUUUGGUAGGGUUGAUGGGAUUCUGCUUGGAGAAAGGAGAACAACUCCUUCUUUUGGAGUAUGUCCCGAACAAGAGCCUCUUUGAUCGAAUGCACACUUUCCAAGGCCAAUCCUCAGGCAUACUCUCAUGGUCUAAUCGUUUAAGCAUUGCCUUAGACAUUGCUUAUGCCCUCGAUUAUCUUCAUUCAGUGGCAGAUCCUGCCGUCAUACAUCGUGAUAUCAAGUCAUCUAAUAUUCUCCUAAUUGACGAUAAUCAUGCCAAACUUGCUGAUUUUGGACUAUGCAAGCUGGGCAACGAUGCACAAAGUGCACAUACACCAACCGUGGUGAAGGGCUCACUGGGUUAUGUCGAUACACAAUACCUCAACACGGGUAUAGUAUCCCCAAAGAGUGACGUUUACAGUUUUGGAGUGUUAAUUCUCGAGCUAAUAACAGGGCUGCGAUCGGUCCAAGGCUCAUUCACUUUACCAGAAUGGACCGAGGACUGCAGAAAAAGUGACAAUGUGGAAAUUUUGGUAGGAAUGUUGGAUCCAAAACUCAAUGGUGAUGUGAAUCUUGAACAGUUUAGGGUUUUGGUUGAUAUAGCUAAUCUUGCUUUGCUUGCAAAUUCAGAAGUAAGACCUGAUAUGAGUCAAAUUGCAUAUAGAAUUUAUAGUUCUAUGGGAAGUCCUGAACAAGAGUUACCUGUGUAA